UAAUAAACGUAUACCGCUCCGUACGUACGCAAAUUGUUAAUUAAAACGAGAAGAUUGAAAUGUACUUAUCAGACUAUCUAGAUCUGAAUGAGUCUUAGUUAAAUAUAAAACAAUAAAGAUCUACGGUGGUGUGUCCACAAAUUAAGCCAUUUAUGGUAACACGAGACUAUUGUACUAGAUGUUGUUGGUUCCUCAGAGAAUCUGUUGAAACAAUCUGUUAAGUUCAAAAGAGGAAAAUUGAGUGAUUUGCUCGUGUAUCCGCGCGUUUACUUUUUUGUGGACAUCAUUAUCAUAUGUGCGUAUUUUUUGUUUAAUAGUGCCAUGCUUCAGUGCCAUAGUUGUUAAAAUGUAUUCAACUAAUUUGUUCAACGUACGCGGUUCGUUUUAGACAAGGUUUCUGAUUUAGACAUUCUUGUAUGAUACUUUAGUCGCUAUGAACGUCGAGAAAGCUGAGGAAAAAAGGGAAUAUAAUCCCUUUGAACAUCGACAAGUUGAGAAACCUACUUCGGAUAUUCGAUCGUGUGCUAACUUGAUCAAGUCGUCUUUAGGCUCCGGGUUGUUAGCGGGACCACUGGCGUUUGCAAAUGCAGGAUGGGGUGUUGGACUUUUUGGUACUUUGCUCGUAGGAGUCAUAUGUGGACACUGCAUUCAUAUACUGGUGAGGACAUCGCAGAAAUGUUGCGUGUUAGACAAAAAACCUUCAUUAGGAUAUGCUGAGACCUGCAAAUCGGCCUUUAUGAAUGGACCGAAAGGCGUGAGAAGAUUUGCAAACAUUGCUAGUGUCUUUGCGGAAUUCGCACUAUUUUGUACAUAUACCGGAGUAUGCUGCAUAUACACAGUAUUAAUAUCAGAUUCAGUGAAACAGUUGGUAGACCGCUACGCUCCCUCUACAAUUCUACCAGUGGAAUACUACUGCCUCAUCUUCCUUGUGCCUAUUAUUCUUCUAUGUCAAAUCAAGUACCUGAAGUUCCUGGCAAUAUUCUCUGGAUUAGCGAACAUACUGCUAGUUACUGUAUACAUAGUUUGCCUCUACUAUAUAUUUGGAGGCGACAUAACCUUUGCUGGGAAACAUGCUGCUGGUAACCCGGCUAGAUACCCGGCUUUUUUGUCAACUGUGAUCUUCGCAAUGGAAGGUGUAGGAGUGGUAAUGCCGAUAGAAAACACAAUGCAGAAGCCGCAGAACUUUCUAGGCUGUCCCAGUGUGCUGGUUGUGGCCAUGUCAGCCAUCGUCUUCCUUUACGGAACCCUUGGAAUGUUUGGUUACCUUCGAUAUGGUGAUAUUCUUAGAGGAUCUAUUACCCUGAAUUUGCCUACUGACGAAUGGCCAGCUAUACUAGCAAAGGUGUCGAUAGCGUUAUCAAUAUUCCUGACAUACCCACUGCAGUUCUACGUUGUAAUCGAUAUCUUCACGAGAUACACACAGCAUCGCAUCAAGGAGAAUUACCGACAGAUCACGCAAAUCGUUGCAAGAACUAUUGGAGUUUGUUGCUGUGUUGGUAUAGGAAUGGCCCUUCCUAUGCUGGAACAAAUCCUCAACAUCGUCGGCGCAUUGUUCUACUCCAUCCUCGGCCUCAUCAUCCCCAGUGUCAUAGAAACUGUCUUCAGAUGGGAGAACCUUGGCAAAUGGAACUGGAUCCUUUGGAAGAACACGUUCAUUGCCCUCUUUGGCCUUCUGAGCUUGGUCUCAGGAUGUACCGUCACGAUAAUGGACAUAAUUGAGAUUCUAAACCGGAAAACUGAGUAAAAACACUGAUUUACCGAUAAUGUAUUCAACACUAGUAUUAAAAUGUCAUUUUUAAGUUA